GAUAGGAUAAAAUAAAUUGAAAAAGAGCAGAGAUAACAAAGAAAGUGCUUGCAGAUCGGAAGUAAAUUCAGUGCGUAAACAAAAUAAAUAUUAUUAUUAAUAGGUGAUCAACACUAUAAAAAAUAAUGUAAUUAAGGUGCAUUGUGCGAAACCAAAAUUUAUUUUUGUUGAGCUGUAAAUCUGCAAGAUUGAACAAAAAUUUGUGGUUUAUGUAGGGAAAGCGAUGUGAAUUCAGAAACUCGUCGUAGUAGAGCGCAUAACAACAACUCAAUUCUUUGGAUUCUGGGGGAGAAAGUGUGGGCAAGCAUCUUAGCCACUGAUGCCGUCCGGAGAAAAGUCAUUGGCAACGGAGUAUCCUUCCUGCAGACGUCCAAAUUGAUUUGGUUUAAGUAAUCUCGCCACAUCUUGCCAAUCAACCAACGCCAUGAGCAUACGCACAAGGGCACUAGUCUUUUCAACAUUCUUCGGGAGCUGCAUCGCAAUCGGACUUCUUCUGGUCAGUUUGACCACAAACCAUUGGGUGCGCGCCUACCCGAAGCGCUUAAAUUCUACAGAUUCAAAAGGCGAUAUAAAUUUUGGUUUAUUUUAUGGCAACAAGGACCUCAACUAUGGAUUCGGUGUGCGCUCUACACCUAUAAUUGUUUACACCUUCGAUCAAAACGGACCAGAAACAAUGAACUUCUGGCUUUGGUUAAUCACAGCUUUGGGUACCGGCUUUGGUUUACUGGGCUCUGCGAUUUCAGCCAUUGUAGCCGUUUUAAAAGCCGCUUCUGCGGCAAAACGCCCUGGAACUAUGGUACUACUUUUCGCUUCAAACAUUUCAGCCGCAGGAGCACAAGUGAUCGCUUUUAUUUGCUGGCUUGUUCAAUUCUAUAAAUACUUACAGCAGAAUGUGCUUGCAGCACAGGAUAGUAAUUGGUAUAGUCAGGGUUUAGCUUUUUUGGGUUAUAGUUUUUAUUUGGUCAUUGCGUCUACAUUUGUUGUUAUACUAAAUGUUUUCAUACUGUUGCAUGCCAAACGUAGUGAACAACGCGAUCGCCAAAGACUCGAGCCACCUAGCGAGGAGAAGAAUCAAAGCGCCAUAAUGCUCUACUAAAAGAAUGCGCCAAAUACUAAGAGAAGAAAUUGUGUAAAAAAAAAA